CUGUGUGUCUGGAGGACUCCGUGUAUAUGGAGGACUCCGUGUGUCUGGAGGACUCCCUGUGUCUGGAAGACCUCGUGUGCCUGGGGACCCCGUGUUUCUGGAGGACUCCCCGUUUCUGCAGAACUUGUGUGCCUGGAGGACUCCCUGGGUCUGGAAGGUUCUGUGUGUCUAGAAGACUCCGUGUGUCUGGAGGACUCCCCAUGUCUGGAGGACCCCCUGUGUCUGGAGGACUUCCCGUGUCUGGAGGGCUCCCUGGGUCUGGAAGGUUCUGUGUGUCUAGAGGACUCCCCGUGUCUGGAGAACUCCAUGUGUUUGGAGGACUCCCCGUGUCUGGAGGACCCCCUGUGUCUGGAGGACCCCGUGUGCCUGGAGGACUCCCUAUGUGCCUGGAGGACUCCCCAUGUCUGGAAAACUCGUGUGCCUGGAGGACCACAUGUGUCUGCAAGGUUCCGUGUUUCUGGAGGACCCUGUGUCUGGAGGACUCCAUGUAUAUGGAGAACUCCCUGUGUCUGGAAGACCUCCUGUGUCUGGAGAACCCCAUGUGUCUGGAGGACUCCCUGUGUGUCUGGAGGACUCCCCGUGUCUGGAGGACCCCGUAUCUGGAGGAUUCCCUGUGUCUGGAAGGUUCUGUGUGUCUGGAGGACUCCGUGUAUAUGGAGGACUCCUUGUGUCUGGAGGACUCCCCGUGUCUGGAGGACUCCCUGUGUCUGGAGGACCCCGUGUGCCUGGAGGACUCCCUAUGUGCCUGGAGGACUCCCCAUGUCUGGAAAACUCGUGUGCCUGGAGGACCCUGUGUCUGGAGGACUCCAUGUGUCUAGGGGACUCCCUGUGUCUGGAAGACCUCGUGUGUCUGGGGACCCCGUGUUUCUGGAGGACUCCCCGUUUCUGCAGAACUUGUGUGCCUGGAGGACUCCCUGGGUCUGGAAGGUUCUGUGUGUCUAGAGGACUCCCUGUGUCUGGAGGACUCCCCAUGUCUGGAGGACUCCCUGGGUCUGGAAGGUUCUGUGUGUCUAGAGGACUCCCUGUGUCUGGAGGACUCCCCGUGUCUGGGACUCCCUGUGUCUGGAGGAUCCCGUGUUUCUGGAGGACUCCCCGUUUCUGGAGAACUCGUGUGCCCGGAGGACUCUGUAUGUCUGGAGGACUCCCUGUGUCUGGAGGACUCCGUGUGUCUGGAGGACUCCCUGUGUCUGGAGGACUCUGUGUGUCUGGAGGACUCCCGUUUGUCUGGAGGACUCCGUGUGUCUGGAGAACUCGCGUGUCUGGAGGACUCCCCGUGUCUGGAGGACUCCCCGUGUCUGGAGGACUCCCUGUGUCUGGAGGACUCCCCGUGUCUGGGACUCCCUGUGUCUGGAGGAUCCCGUGUUUCUGGAGGACUCCCCGUUUCUGGAGAACUCGUGUGCCCGGAGGACUCUGUAUGUCUGGAGAACUUGUGUGUCUGGAGGACUCCGUGUGUCUGGAGGACUUCCUGUGUCUGGAGCACUCCAUGUGUCGGGAGAAUUGGUGGGUCUGGAGCACUCCCUGUGUCUGGAAGGGUCCGUGCGUCUGGAGAGCUGCAUGUGUUUGGAGGGCUAUGGGGCUCUCUCUUCCUAGUGUGAACUGAGAAUCACAAGUGUGGUGAAGAGCAAAAGCAGUUAACUCGGGUGUGCAGCAGACUUGUGUGUGGGAGAUGAGGCUCAGCCCUGCACUGAAGGUGGUUCUCCCGAGGGAGUGUCCUGGGCAUUGCAGGGAGGGGCGAGCACUCAGCCUCCCUGGGGAAAGGAAGGCAGCGUCUCUCCGUCCACAGCAGGGCCAUGUGGGGCACACAGGCCGCCCUGUCCGGCGUGGCCCAGCCUGCCUUCACUAGUUCCCUGUGCGGGUCUGCGUGGUGACCUGUCCCUCGGCUAUGCCUCCUCUUUGGAGAGUUUGCAGCCAUUUUUGGUUUUCUUUGAUCAUGCCCCUCCCAUCUCCAUCAAGUGUGUUCAUGGAAUCCUGGCAGAUGAGGUCGUGUCGGGGGUCAGCCAGUGCUGCCCACACUCAGGGCAGACCCUUGGCAUGGGGCUGCUCACUCGGAUGGGGUCCUGUCCCACGGAGCGGGGAAAGCGUCAGCGAUUCUUCCGAGAUUCGGUGCAGGAAAGGCCUUAGAAAAAGGUUGAUCGGGGCCAGCACCGUGGCUCACUAGGCUAAUCCUCCACCUUGCGGCACUGGCACACCGGGUUCUAGUCCCGGUCGGGGCGCCAGAUUCUGUCCCGGUUGCCCCUCUUCCAGGCCAGCUCUCUGCUGGGGCCCGAGAAGGCAGUGGAGGAUGGCCCAAGUGCUUGGGUCCUGAACCCCAUGGGAGACCAGGAUAAGUACCUGGCUCCUGCCAUCGGAUCAGCGCGGUGCGCCGGCCGCAGCGCGCUAGCCUUGGCGGCCAUUGGAGGGUGAACCAACGACAAAGGAAGACCUUUCUCUCUGUCUCUCUCUCACUGCCCACUCUGCCUGUCAAAAAAAAAAAAAAAAAAAAAAAAGAAAAGAAAAGAAAAA